GCAAAAUAUUCACUAAUUUAGUUUAUAUUCAAAAUUGGAAAGAAACUUUGUAACAAGUAGUAUGAUCAUCUAGCUGAAUUGGUUAAACAGAAAUAUCUGAGUUAUUAUAAAAAAUUUAUAUUAUUUUCGAUUUCUACUCAUUAGAAAAACAUUGUGACAAGUAGCGGGACAACAUUGAAAAUGGCAAUGAUGGUUGUUUGUUGAAGCGGGGAGGCCAAGUAAAACAUCCUCUUAUGGUUGCGUCUCUGUUCUCUCCUCUCCACUGUCUUUUCCCCUGCCUUCCUCUGUUCCAUCUUUGAGUUGAAACCAAUGUCAGAUAUUUCUCUCCGUGUUACUCAGCAGCACAAGUGGUGUUUUACUCUUCCCGUUUGAUUGAAUUGUAUCAUCCAAGUUUCAGUGUUUAUCACCUUGAGAGUUUCAUAGACGCUGUGUCACUAUAUGGAAGCAGAGUACUCUUUCUUCUGUUUCUGAUACGUGUGUUUUGGGUCUCUUCAAGUUUUGGAUUUCUCUGUCGCGUUGGCUUAUCCCUCGGGCUUCUUUGAUUCUUACACUUUAGGAAGCUUUCCUUGUUUCUCCCUUUUUUCAACUAAUUUAUUUCUUGCCACCCAAAAAAAGUUUUAAGGUAGAAAUUCCAAAGUCCAAUAUUUCAUUUUUAGGAUACAAUCGUUUUGGGCAAUGUCCUUCAAUUUAAUAUUUUUGUAUCCAUUCCUAUUCUCCAACUUGCUUUGGUUGGAUAUUCCUAACUAAGCUAAUUUUAUGUUUCAUGUGUUGCUCUUAAUUCAUCAUCUUUUAAUUUGUAUUUACUUUGUAGAGAGAGAAAAAAAAGGAAAGAAACAUUUUGUUUCCAGAGAAAAAAAAAAUUCAUUUUUGUCUUCCUUAAGUUAUCCUCUACCAUGAAAUUUCUCACUUUCCCGCUGGGUUUGUGAUAUCUUUUCUUUUACUUGAGGGUUUCGGUGUUUGUGGGUCACAAAAGAAAAAUGAAGGAAAAGGUGGAUUCCCCAGUGACAGUGCUUGAGGACUAUUUCAGGAGCUCAGAUUCAGAAUCAAGUUCUUCCAAAGAGCCUUCAGCGGAUUCUGAGUCUCGAGAGUUUUCCAAAUCUGCUUCUAGGUGGCAUGAGUCUCGAGAGUUUUCCAAAUCUGCUUCUAGGUGGCAUGCAUUUCUUCAAUUAUUGAGGAGCGGAUCGAAGAAACAGAUGAACACCUUACAUCCUCUCAGUGUCCUCAAGCUCUCAAAAAGAAUGAGCACUAGCAUGAGGGAGUCCAUUCUCCCAAGUUGUCUCUUAGAUGCUACUGCUUCCCCCUGCAGGUCACCUUGGAAGAUAUUUACUCAUCAUGAGAUUCAAGUUGCAACCAAUUCUUUUAGCCAAGAAAAUUUGAUUGGGAAGGGUGGUUAUGCUGAAGUUUACAAAGGGUGUUUGCCAAAUCGUCAGCUUGUGGCAGUUAAACGGUUAACAAGAGGAACAGCUGAUGAAAUCAUAGGGGAUUUCUUAUCAGAACUUGGCGUAAUGGCGCAUGUAAACCAUCCCAAUACUGCUAAGUUGGUUGGUUAUGGAGUGGAUGGUGGAAUGUAUCUAGUUCUUGAAUUGUCUGAAAAAGGAAGCCUUGCUUCAGUUCUUUACGGUUCCAAGGAGAAACCACCAUGGUUUAUUAGGCACAAAAUUGCAUUAGGAACAGCAAAGGGUAUAUUAUAUCUCCAUGAGGGAUGUCAAAGAAGAAUUAUCCACAGGGAUAUAAAAGCUGCCAAUAUCUUACUCACGGAGGACUUUGAGCCUCAGAUAUGUGAUUUCGGGCUAGCAAAAUGGCUACCAGAAAAUUGGACUCACCACACCGUUUCAAAAUUCGAAGGAACUUUCGGUUACCUAGCACCUGAAUACUUGCUGCAUGGCAUAGUAGACGAGAAAACGGACGUAUUUGCCUUUGGUGUAUUGCUAUUAGAAUUAGUGAGUGGGCGAAGAGCACUUGAUUAUUCACAGCAAAGCCUUGUGUUGUGGGCAAAACCAUUGCUGAAAAAAAAUGAUAUUAUGGAGCUUGUUGAUCCUUCACUAGCAGGUGACUUCGACUCUAGGCAAAUGAAUCUUAUGCUCUUGGCUGCUUCUUUAUGCAUACAACAGUCCUCAAUUCGUCGCCCCUCUACAAGACAGGUUGUACAGCUUCUGAAUGGGAACCUUAGCUGCUUCAAGGGCAUGAAGAAAACUCGAAUGCCUUUUUUCCGAAGAGUGUUUAGGGAAGAACUCCUUGAUUCUGAUUAGGUUGAAAGCAACAGGAAGUCACAUGAUCACUGAAUAGUGAAGCUGAUCUCUCUGAUCCCUUAUUUCUGGGGGAGUUUCAGCAGCUAGAAAUUGUCUCAUCAGAAUGAAAAUUUUCACUUUGUUGAGCCCAAAAAAAAAGAGCAUUCUAAACCCUUCAACCUGUGUACGUAAUAGUUCUUAUAUAUAUAAUGGUAUUUGAGUCAAAUACUUAGUUACUUGCAAGGAAGAAACAUUGUAUUACCGGUGAGCCUUAACUCACAACGCAUCUAAUUUAUCGUUCCCUCCUAAUAGGGUCUACCUAAAUUUAAAAACAUACUUUCUUUUCC